AAAUAAUAAAUUUGACUAGAUCCGCCUGCAUCGGCACGACAGUCCACGACAGUCACGGCGAUGUGUCAUUGCCCAGCACCAGCCAAUCGCUGCAUCCUGAUAAGAUGCUGCGCUAGCAGAUCGCCCGAUUCUUAACGCGCGCGCUAGCCUCCCCACACAUGAACAUGCAUACAUCCAUACAAUAUAAUUAUCAUUUAUAUUUUAUGUGUAUUAUACUGCUGCUUCCGGCGGCGAACUCCGCCACAGCGCUUGUGACACCCCAGUCUUUCUUUCCAUUUCAGUCUCGAGUCCAAGCCUCGACGCAUCGGGCUAGCUCGGGCUGCAGUGGGGCCGCUCGGCAGCCAAUCGCGGCAGGCGUGCAUCACCUACAUAUAUCCAAUACGGAGCAUCCGUAUCCUGCAUGAACAUUUCUUCGGUAACGACGUCGGCGACUGGAAUGUCGAUACAUUCCUGACUCCUCUGUAUUGGAU